AUGGGCAGGGGCUGUCUCUGCUGUGUGGCGGACGAGGGCAGCUUCACCUGCUUCGUGAGCAUCCGGGAUUUUGGCAGCGCUGCUGUCAGCCUGCAGGUGGCUGCUCCCUACUCGAAGCCCAGCAUGACCCUGGAGCCCAACAAGGACCUGCGGCCCGGGGACACGGUGACCAUCACGUGCUCCAGCUACCGGGGCUACCCUGAGGCCGAGGUGUUCUGGCAGGAUGGGCAGGGUGCGCCCCUGACUGGCAACGUGACCACGUCGCAGAUGGCCAAUGAGCAGGGCUUGUUCGAUGUGCACAGUGUCCUGCGGGUGGUGCUGGGUGCGAACAGCACCUACAGCUGCCUGGUGCGCAACCCCGUGCUGCAGCAGGAUGCACAC